GGAUGGGUAGGGAAUCUAUUUAGGAACGGUUCACAUCAGCCAAGUUCAGUCACUUUCCCAGGAGCAGUCAGCAACAUACAGCAUACCAAAGUGUUAGAAGAAAUGGCAUUACUCUUUUAUGUGGUAUUGUGCCUGUCUGUCCGGACUGGGUUGGGGCAAAGUAAGUAAAUUUUUUCAUACAACUAUCAGUUGUAAUAUUCACAAUAUGUUGAGUGUCUGAAUAGUUUUUUUGUGGAUUGUUAGUUAUGAUCUUUCACAUAUGAUCUUAAAGUUAUUUACCUCAGUUUCAGUUAUGCAAGUUAAUUUUAUAUAUUUAUUUAACCUUUAAUUUGACAGGGAGUCAUGCUGAGACCAAGGGUCUCUUUUACAGAUGAACCCUGUAUCCAACAUACACAUCAAAAUACAAGAAAAGAAAAACACAAUCAUAUAAAACAAACACAUUCUUCAAUAAAAAGGUCCUCAAUCAGUCAUCUGAAUUGCCCUAGAGGCACCAACUCUUCCAAUUUUAGAGAGAUUUGGAGAUGAUUCCACAAGUAAGGUGCAAAAAAAAAACUAAAAGCAGAUUUACCUAACUCAGUUGAGAUCAUAGGGAUCUCCAGAGUUAGCCAUCCCUGAGACCUGGUAUGGUAGCUCAUACAUUUUUUUAAAUUGAUGAUAAUUGAAAACAAAUUACAACAAUUAAAGAAAGAGGGGAUUUGAAUUUGCCUGCAUGUAACUAUUUAGCAACGUUUUAUGUCAUUUGGAGUUCCUGUGUAUUCAGUUGGCUCCAGAGAAUGUCUCAGGGUUUUUGCUGAAUAACAGGUGGGUUCCAUAAAACAACAAGAGACCAAUCUUUUUUAUUUAUUUAAUGUGUGAAACUAUCAAGCUGGCUCCACCAGUAUUAGUCAGAUGUGCUGAGUUUCUGCUGAACAAUAUUGCAGAAAUUAGUCACUUAAAUACAGCGUGGAAAACCCACUCACACGUUCUGCUAUAUGGAACAUAUUUCUACUUCACCUAUAUUAUUGGGAGGAGACUCAAUUACUAGGUAGUAUUCAGAUUCAGUUGGCAUGACUGAACUUGAAUAGUGUGAAGUCUCAUAUGUUGCACAAUAACCGGACCUCCCUCACUGGUUUAGCCAGUAUUGAGAAAUUGGGCCAAGAUGACAGAUGUGUCAUUUCAAUUAAAUAUAUUGAUGCAAAGUUGGAUAGAAAGUCCAUAACAGUGGCUUUUUAUACAACCGUCUAGCAGUUUCACUCGACACACCCGGAAUGUGAGUGUUGGAACAUUUCAGGUAAAAGAAGAUUCUCUAAAACAAAGAGAGGAUACAGUUUAGAUAAGAAAAUGUUUUCUCUUUCAUUGUAAUGAUCAAACUACCAAUAGUUUUUGGGAAUAAUCUAAAUGUUUUUCUCUUUGUCCUUUCACAGUUGUACCAGUCAACAACACUCCUGCAAUAAUCCCUUUCAGUUUGGCUGGGAAACUGACCUCCAAUUCAGUGAUACUGAUGUCCCCAAGUUGUUACUUCGACAGUCUGACGAGUUUGUCCUGCACUUCUGCUACCUGUGAAAUAUGGCUGGUACCGGCCAUAGAUACAGGUACUGGAAUCCUCAUCAUUUGAUAGGAAAUAUAAAACCAAAUGGCACACAGGAAGAGCAAUUGAACAUUCUUCCGUCUUUGAUUUAUAAAGAAAAAUACAUGCAAUGUCAACAUUUUUUAACGUUUUGGUCCACCAAAGUAGAUACAGUAUGUAGUACUUCACAUACAGAACAAAGAAAAAGAAAGCCCAGUAUUGCAUUUUUGUUCUUUCUUGUUCUAAACCUUUAUACUUUUCAACAGGAGUCAGCACUUAUGAUGCCGACAAAACAAUUUCCAACAUUGACAGCCUCUCUCCUUAUCCAACCGCCUUCUCUUCCAACACCUCAAAGAAAUAUUUCCUGACCAAGUUGGGGCUUCAGAAAGACUACCUCUGCCCCAUCGUCAAUGGGCCAAACUACUUCAGGGUUGGCUCUGACGGAGCCUGCUCCACUACGAACUGUAAUGGAGUAUUGCCUGUUGGCUCCACUGCCAGGUCAGAACCCCUCCUUUACCCCAGUGCAUUGACUUUGGAUCUAAGUUGAAGUACCAUUGUGUGAAUUCAAUGCAACCAACCUAAAUUAUGUUAUUCCACUAUUUCAGAUUUAAGUAUGUUCUUAUCAACCCAGCAACCAGAACAGUUGUUGCGGAGAGUUUGUGGUCCAACAACAUCCCUCUUUACUCUUGUAAGGGCUUCCCAUAUAUUCAAUCAGUAUUCAGUCAAUCGGAAAUGUCCAUGUACAUCUGCUAAACGUAAAAACAAUAACAUUGUCUAUUCCUCCAGUGAAAGACCCUGGCAGCAUUGAUGAUGGCCUUGCGGGAAGGUCUGCGGCCAUGAUUGUCAUAACGUCUAUCCUGUGUAGCUUCCUGGCCUUGCUGCUGCUGCUGUUGCUCAUCCUGCUGAUCUAUGUCCUGUGAGUCAUAUAACCUACUGCCUUUCCCAGUUGAACUUCAUAGACAUAGGGUUCAUAGACACAAUGUUCAUUUCCAUUUCCAUAGUCGGCUACUUAGCAUGUAUCUAAUAGGCUACCUGACAUUCAUUGAUUUCUCCAACCCUCUAUGUCCUCUGCAGUUGCUGUCGGAAGGAGAAACAGGAGAUCCAAGUUCCAGGAUCAGUGCGCAUGUAUGACACUCACAACUUGAAGGGUCCUUCCCCCUAUGUAAAUCCUGCUUAUGAGGAUGAGCCACAGAGAACCACAGCCACUAACCCCAUUAGGCUCAAGAGCUACGCUGACUAUGAUUUGACAAAACCAGCCACAGAAUUAUAGUGAGUGUUUGCGAGAGAAGAAUGUUGCACUUAGUGGUCCAUUGGCAUCAUCAAUUUCUGACUGUCAUUCAUGAUCAAUAUGUUUAUGAUAUUAAGGCUGGGGAAUUAUGCAAAUUAAUAACUGUAGUUUGAUAGCUAUUUAGAAGUCUAAUUUUGUUGCUUCAUUUAAAAUAACUGGAGUCGAGUCCUAUGUUUAAAAUACAAUGCUAAAAUUCACAUUAUAGGCUACAUUUAUUUGGAGGCCAUUUGUAUGCCAUAAAUAAAAUCUAUUUAGAAAGGAAAAUGCAAUUGAGUGCAUCAAGAUAAUCAAAACUCUUUUUUAAAAUCUAUAUAUUUAUAGUUUUUUCUUUUCACAAUAAUCAAAAUAGAAAGUUCAUAAUAAUACUAUAUUUCUCUCAUGUCUCUUAUAUUCUGUCAUCAUUGCUGUGUAGUGUGUAAACGGGUCAUUCUAUGAAAAUGAACUUUUAAAAAAAUACAAUUAUACAUUUAUUUACCUAACUUUAUUGUCAGAUAAUAGCUAACCCCUUAAGAUUACAAAUCAACAUAAAUGACAGCUGGGGGGUGAAACCUGCGCUGAAGACUUCUAUAUUGGUCCGCUAAUAAAGUAAAGGCCCAGUGCACUACUUUUGUGAAAUUUUUUAAAACUAAAUGUAUUUGAGUGUUUA